CUUGAGAGAAAGGCCACUGGCAGACUCCAAUACGUUAAUCAGUAUUUACAAAAGGCAAAAGUUUGAAGAUUGGAAAAUGAAACGGACAGCGCCUAUAAAGGAGGUCCCAGUUCGGAUGCCUCCCAUCCCUCGUUUCUAUGCCCGGCAUGGAAUAAACAUUCAACUGGAUAAAGACAAGAUGGUGGCCAGGAGAGCGCAAGGCUUCGGUGACGCCAUCGCCUUCAGUGACCGACCUCUCGCGCCCGGAGAAAUCUUCCUCCUUGAGAUUGAGGACGAUGAGCGGGGCUGGAGUGGUCAUCUACGUAUCGGUUUGACGAUGCAGAAUCUGCAACAACUUGACAUCCCGCCACAUUCCCUCCCCGAUCUGGUCUACAUGGGGAAGAGCUGGGUUGUUGCCAUCACCAAGACACCCCUGAGUCUGCCGGAGGAUGAUGAUUCAGAGCAGGAGCCGCCGCCAGACAGGACGGUGAAACGAGUGAUAGAUUUAGACCAGGGUGUGAUCAGAACUGGGUUCCAGGUGGUGGAGAGGGAACAGCUGGUGGGAACGCCGCGCCCGCCCCUGCUGCGGCUGCUCAGGCCGCCGCCUGCCGCGGAGGGGAUGGUGCGGAACCAGAACACGGAAUCCACGGCGGUGGGCAGCAGGAUCGGGGUCCUGUAUAGCGUAGAGAGAGGGGUGGGAGAGAUGCACGUGUUAAUCAAUGGCGAGGACCAAGGCCCAGUGGCUACAGACAUCCCUGUAGGGACUGAACCUGUGUUUGCAGUGGUAGAUGUUUAUGGGACAACCAAGAGAGUACGUCUUAUUCAACUAUAUGGAGUGCCAAACCUGCAGGACUACUGUCGAGAGCUGAUUCGGAACCAGUGCAGGUGCUCCACCUUUGCUAUGUCAAAGCUCCCGCUGCCUCCCAGACUCAAACAGUACCUGAAGUAUGAGGCCUGCUGAAACAGGAGCAGUUCUCUGACAUAAUAUAUUAAUAUGUACAGUGUUUACAUAUUAAGUGGUGUUCCUCAUGCCCGUAGCCAGGAUUUUGAAUGGGGGGUUCUUCCCACUGCUUGAGGGGACCAGCGAGCGCCG